AUGACUGAUGGAAUUACAGUUGUGGACUACACAAAGCUCAAAAUCCAAAGGACCCUUGGACGUGGAGCGUUUGGCAUAGUUUAUAUAGCAGAGUACCUUGAUCGCAGGACACAAGGACCAGUGGUGAUGAAACAGAUCUACGAACCAGUCGACGAGGUUGCAAGAAAAUUGUUCAUGAAAGAAGCCAGGUUGCUAAAUGGCCUCCAUCAUGAUAAUAUUGUCAAAAUGUAUGGUAUCUGCGUUCGGCCACUUGUUAUCAUUAUGGAGUAUGUAUGUUUUGAUUUAAAACCAUUCUUAAACAAAAAUCUGAAGAUAAAUACCGUAGACAAAUUUCUGGCAGAAGUAUCCAAACUGUCUAAUUGGGAGAAACGGUUUGAUUCCUUCAUACCGGCAAUUGCAACAGACAUAACAAAAGGACUAUCGUACCUCCAUAAUCUGGAAAUUGCCCACCGUGACCUAAAGCCAAUGAACAUAUUGAUAUCUAAUCAACAUUACUGUGACCUUGAUGAUGGCCAGGAGAUUAAACACCGGCUUAUGUCAGCAAAACCUAUCAUCUGUAAACUGGCUGAUUUUGGUGAAAGUCGUUCACAACUCAUUCAAACAGACAAACGAAACAAUCCCAGCACCAACCUCUUACAAAGAGGGACGACUCCUUUCAUGGCGCCAGAAAUCAUUUUACCUGAAGGAGUGUCUUAUCUAGGGUCUACACUGUCUUUGGAAGAUUUGAAAAGAGUCGACAUCUGGGCUCUUGGGCAAGUGUUUUACUGUCUGAUCAAUCCUGGUGUUUCGUAUCCAUUUGAGCGAGAGGGAGCUGAUGUUAGUCAGAUCAUGCUGAUGCAUCGACAACGUAAAAGCCCGUCUGCCGAUCCGAAGUACCAACCCAAGCAGACCACAGUUUGGUCCCGAGUGCAUGCUGCUUUUGAGGCUUGUACAAAGCACAAUCCAUCUGAGAGACCCAGUGCCACUGGAGUCUUGGUUGUUCUUCAUUCUCGUCGCUAUGGAAACAGACACGGCAUAGGUACAAAAUUUUAGAACUUCGUUCAAUCUUUACUUUGUUUUACAUACAUAACGCCUGUCAUUGCUGAUGUAGGGCAUGACACCCGUGAUGACAUUGGAAAAUGGCCACUUUCUUUCAAAACUAUACCUUAAAGUGCUGUGUAUAGGCGCAUAUGGCCUUCCAAUUAACCAAAUUCUAUUAACAUUUCAAUGAUGAUAGAUUUAACGGGUUCUCAGUAAUCAGUUUUUCGGUUUCCCUUCAAGAUGGUUUAGGAAACCCGUACUUAAGCAACCUUAUAAGGAACUAUUCUGUGCAUCUUACGUACCACACACACACAAAAAUUACACUUGGGUAGUGAAAGCAGGUUAUUUUCUUUUGUAUUUUCAGGUGCUUCUCCCCCAGAACAAAAACCCCCUGAAAGAAGUCACCUGCUAGGAAGACCAUCCCACGCGCCAACCGUUCAGUGGUAUGUUAGUGAGCAGGGUGAAACAGCUCUUAAAUACGUUUUUGACGAGUUAUCCCAAAUAGCUACCAGUGAGGUCAAGAUGAGUCGCAGCAAAGUGACCCAAGAUAUUUCAGUAAGAUUCGCAUACGAUGGGCAAGGAUGGGAAGCUUUGUUUCCUUUCGACUUUCCACAAUCUAGGGCAACUUUAGUCUGCAAUGGAAAGGAGCGUCAAAAAGUAGGUGGAGACACUUUCGAAAGUGCUGUUAAAGGCAUAAUAGAUGUAUUGAUCUCUUCGGUAAAUCGGCCACUGACUCCCAGUCAAGAAAACCCUGCUUACGAGCCCUGCUUUCAGUGGUACUCUGGUGAUCAUGGGGAAGAAGAUCUGAGAUGCGUUUUCAAUGAGCUAANAGUUAUCCCAAAUAGCUACCAGUGAGGUCAAGAUGAGUCGCAGCAAAGUGACCCAAGAUAUUUCAGUAAGAUUCGCAUACGAUGGGCAAGGAUGGGAAGCUUUGUUUCCUUUCGACUUUCCACAAUCUAGGGCAACUUUAGUCUGCAAUGGAAAGGAGCGUCAAAAAGUGGGUGGAGACACUUUCGAAAGUGCUGUUAAAGGCAUAAUAGAUGUAUUGAUCUCUUCGGUAAAUCGGCCACUGACUCCCAGUCAAGAAAACCCUGCUUACGAGCCCUGCUUUCAGUGGUACUCUGGUGAUCAUGGGGAAGAAGAUCUGAGAUGCGUUUUCAAUGAGCUAAGCAGGGUCGCUGACGGAGAGGUGAGCAUGAGUCGUAAGACUGACACACAAGAUAUUACAAUGAAUUUUGAACGUAAUGGGCAAACUUGGAAAGUGCAGUUUCCCCCUAAUUUUCCCAGAUCUAAGGCGAAUUUGAUGCGUAAUGGACAAGCGCAUUGGAAGAUUGGGGGUGAGGACGUGAAAGCUUCCGUCGACGCUUUGGUUACUCACAUCUUAUCAGAGAAGGAGCCAGCAACAGAGGCAAUUGCACCAGCGGCCCAGAGGGGUUCUACACAGUGGUAUGCUGGUGACAAAGGGGAGGCAGCGCUCAAGCGAGUUUACGAUGGACUAAAGGAGAAUGCUGAUGGAGAGGUGAAGAUGAGUCGCGAUACAGACACUCAAGAUAUUAAGAUGCGUCUUGAGUACCAUGGACAAAGAUGGCAAGUCAUUUAUCCACACAAUUUUCCAAGAUCUCCUGCAACAUUGCACCGAAAUGGAGAAGAAUACGUAAAGGUUGGUGGGAACAGCGUAGAAACUGCUGUCACUGCGAUUGUAAAUCACAUAUCAAGGCAUGGGCACACUGAAAUUAUGGAUGAAGUCUGUAUGUCUCAAAUGCCAACUUGUGCACAUGCUCAGUGGUAUUCUGGUGACCAAGGCCAGGCGUCAUUGAGGUACGUUUACGAAGAACUGGGCCGAAUCGCCGACGAUGAAGUACACAUGAGCCGCGACACAGACACAAAAGAUAUUACGUUGAGUUUUAACCGUCAUGGACAACAAUGGGCAAUCACAUUCCCUUCAAUUUUCCCAAGCUCCAAAGCGAACUUGAUUUUCAAUGGAGAAGUUCACGCGGAGGCCGGCGGCAGUACUUUGAAAACUGCUGUCACUGCCAUUAAGAAUCGCAUUUUAUCUGUAGAUCAACCUGGAGCCAAGACUUUGUAUUGGAAGCGUACAUCGUGUAUUCCUAGCUGA